CACGAUUUUAACCAUGAUUAAUCACAAGCUAUGGGAAGAAUGUUGCUACAAAGCUACGGAACCGUUAAAACACUAUCCGAAAAACGGUCGACUCCUCGGGAAGCAACUUAAAAGUUGUGGCAUGUUGCGCUUUCAGUCGUUUGGCGGGCCCAGAGUCAACGCGAGCGCAAAAAUGCCUAAUCCACGCGUCAACCAACCGUUUUGAGGCUAGAAGUGGUUUUGGGUUUUGCUCCGCCACUUGAACUUGUCAUCAGUUGGAACGGUGCCCAGAGUUGGGUGUUUGUACUAGACCGCCGGACGGAUACAGAGAGCGUGUAGCGAGCCCAAACCUGGUGCCGUGUGGCGAAAUGCAUUUUUGGAUUGACAAACGAUCGCAAGCGUGUGGUUUCGGCAGAGCCCGAGUGGCAGCAUCCUUGUCCGGUGGCGGUGGUCUGGGUUUUGGCCAUCCGCGCCGAGUGCCCCGCAAAUCAAUGGUCACCCCAAUACAUCGGUUUCAAACGGUCGACUGUACCCGGCCCCAUUUCUACCGCCACCAGCAGCAGUCGCAAUCUCAAGCGAACUCGAGUGCAGCGGCGACUCACAACAACUCGUCUACAUCAAGUCAGCAGCAUCAACAUCAGUCACAGUCACAUCAUCAGCAGUAUCAUCACAAUUCGCAUCACAACCAAAACCACCAUCAACAACCGGUACCGCCGGUUGCAGCACAGUCGGCCAAUCAACAGGUGCACCAGGUCCAGUUGCACAGCAGCGGCCAUUACAAUGCCCACAGCCCCAGUAUACUUCCUGCGCCAACGCCUUAUCCGCAAACCAGCCCAAACCUGCAGUCGAAUGCAUCUCCGAGCAACAACGCACAUAACUACCACGUACCUGUGUCGAUGAACCACAUCUACAGUGCAUCGGCGCAAACUUCUGGAGCUGAGAUUGAACAGGGUGGCAGCAACUUGGGAAUCGCUGCCAUCGCACAGCACGCACAGCCCCAAAUUGGUCAAGACGCUCAGCUGUUACCUGCGCACCUGAAGUGUGGUAUGUGGGCAUCGUUGGCGCUAGCGACAGUGUUCGUAGCUGGUGCCAAGUUUUAUUUCGACCACCAGGGCACCGGAUUGGAGGUCCUCAUUUUCUGCGCCUUUUCUGCAACCUUCUUCCUGGCGGCAUGCACGGUAUCGCUUUGGAGGCGUCCACGGGAAUUACAGAUUCCAGGCAACAAUGUGAUAUCGGAGACGAUCUCCAAUGCGGAGCAAAGCUCCCUGCAGAACAACCCUGAGCUGAUGAGCAGUAAUCCGUCGCCGCUGCUAAAUGGGAGCGUCGGUGGUGGCAUUUCUGGAGGACUAAACGUUGGAGGUCAUCAGCACGCUUCCCUGGCGAGCAUAGUUGCACCACCGCCUCCGUACCAUAUAGCGAUACUGCUGCCAGAAACAUCAAAGGACAUGGAUGAAACGCCACCACCAUCGUAUGAUAAAAUAGUGAUAUAAUCAUGACCGAUAACAGUACUACGACGAAAGGCAUCUAUGAUUAGCUAUCGAUCUGGCAGUCCAACAACGGGCCGAAACGGUCAGGAACAUGCGGGAUGCCGGUCGCGGGGAGAAGAUAAGAGAAAUUCCGAGAGAGAACUCCAAUGUAUUGAUGCACAGCAUACGAGGCAAGGCGGAUCGAGUAUUAGAGGAAGAACACGGUACAGGUGGUACGUACGGUAGUACAUCAAAGAGGGAGUAUCACCAAGUGGACUGUUUUUCCGAUUCUUCGUUCAACAGAAAGAACGGUACCCAUUGAAAAUGGCCGGAUUGUAGAAUUCGAUUAAUAGAUAGUGCUCAAACUCGUCAGGACGUUAGGAAAGAAGAUACGCCUUUCAAAGAUUAUAGUAAUCACAGAAAAAACUAAUAGAAACAUUCGUGUAAUACAAUGAUGCGUUCUCGAAGUAAUGUAAAACAAAGUAAAUUGCACGUCGAACGUGCGCACUAGUGAUAAGGGAUUAUGGUAGAGGGCCGUAUUUCUUUAAAUCUUCAUGACUAUUGUGACGAUUCUUCAAGGAUCGCGAGAACAAAGUGUUGCGCUUAUUUGCCUGGCUAUGGA